CUUUGUGGGCCAGGUUUAAUUGGGUGAGGGUGGGGAAGCUUUGUACGAAUAUCCUUUCUGUUCCAUAUCUUUAUCAGCUUGAUCAUCGGCUUCUUCCUCAUCUAAAAAAAUCCUGUGUUUGACUGAAACGAAAAUCAUAGAGUGAUGACUAUGCAAAGACUAUUUGCAGCGAGGUCUGCAUGUGCCGCAAUUUUCAGAGGGAAGCGACAGUGUGCUUCCUUUUCUACCGCUCUACUCUUCGAUGAUACUCAGAUACAGUUCAAAGAAAGUGUUUCUCAAUUUGCGCAACAAAACAUUGCCCCUCAUGCGUCAAAAAUAGACCAAACAAAUUAUUUCCCAAAGGAGGUUAACUUAUGGAAACUCAUGGGCGAAUUCAAUCUCCAUGGAAUUACAGCACCAGAGGAAUAUGGAGGACUUGGACUUGGUUACUUGUAUCACUGUAUAGCGAUGGAAGAAAUAAGUCGUGCUUCUGGGUCUGUUGGUCUCUCCUAUGGUGCCCAUUCUAACCUGUGCAUUAAUCAGUUGGUGAGGAAUGGAAACCCUGCUCAGAAACAGAAAUACUUGCCAAAGCUUAUCAGUGGGGAGCAUGUAGGAGCUCUUGCAAUGAGUGAACCCAAUGCUGGAUCUGAUGUUGUUAGCAUGAAAUGCAAGGCUGAUCGUGUAGAUGGGGGUUAUAUUAUAAAUGGGAACAAGAUGUGGUGCACCAAUGGCCCAGCUGCUCAGACAUUGGUUGUUUAUGCAAAAACGGACAUCACAGCAGGCUCGAAAGGAAUCACAGCAUUCAUCAUUGAAAAGGGAAUGCCUGGAUUCAUUACUGCCCAGAAAUUAGACAAACUUGGGAUGCGAGGAAGUGAUACAUGUGAGCUUGUCUUUGAAAAUUGCUUUGUUCCAGAAGAAAAUGUUCUUGGACAGGAAGGAAAAGGAGUCUAUGUCAUGAUGUCAGGGUUAGAUUUGGAGCGGCUUGUAUUGGCAUCCGGGCCUCUUGGUAUUAUGCAGGCAUGUCUUGAUGUUGUUCUUCCUUAUGUUCGACAACGAGAGCAGUUUGGCCGUCCAAUUGGAGAAUUUCAGUUUAUACAGGGUAAAAUUGCCGACAUGUAUACUUCUUUACAGUCCUCAAGGUCCUACGUGUAUUCUGUUGCAAGGGACUGUGACAAUGGAAAAACUAACCCUAAGGAUUGUGCUGGAGUUAUACUUUGUGCAGCUGAAAGAGCCACCCAAGUUGCUUUGCAGGCUAUACAAUGUUUAGGUGGUAAUGGAUAUGUGAAUGAAUAUGCAACCGGUCGUCUGCUUCGAGAUGCCAAACUAUAUGAAAUUGGGGCAGGGACUAGUGAGAUCAGAAGAAUUAUUAUAGGUCGUGAGCUUUUUAAGGAGCAGUAGGAGAGAAGCUGUGCAUUUUCUUUGACUUGCUGGGCUGCAGCAUCCCCCACCUUCCAUGACACUCCCAUAAGCGGUUCCCUGCUGCACACGUUUUCUUUACAGUAAAAUCUUUAAAAAAAAAAAAAAAAAAAAAAA